AUGACAGUGUACUAUGGCUCACUCGACUGUCUGCCCUUGAGGUUUACAAAGAAAAAAGACCACCACCAAUAUCAUCAUUACCACCACCACCACCACCACUGCCCCCACCAGCAGUACCAGCACCAUCACCAUUACCACCACUACCACUAUCACUGCCACCACCACCACUGUCCCCGCCACCACCACGACUACCACUAUCACCACCACCACCACCACUGUCCCCAUCACCACCACCAUCACCAUCACUGUCCCCAUCACCACCACCACCAGAACACCACUGUCCCCAUCACCAUCACUGUCACCACCACCACUGUCCCCAUCACCACCACCACCACAACACCACUGUCCCCAUCACCACCACCACCACAACACCACUGUCCCCAUCACCAUCACUGUCACCACCACCACUGUCCCCAUCACCACCACCACCACAACACCACUGUCCCCAUCACCAUCACUGUCACCACCACCACUGUCCCCAUCACCACCACCAUCACCGUCACUGUCACCAUCACCACCACCACCACAACACCACUGUCCCCAUCACCACCACCACCACAACACCACUGUCCCCAUCACCACCACCACCACAACACCACUGUCCCCAUCACCAUCACUGUCACCACCACCACUGUCCCCAUCACCACCACCAUCACCGUCACUGUCACCAUCACCACCGCCACUGCCGCCACCACCACCACCAUCACCAUCACUGCCACCAUCACCAUCACCACCACAACACCACUGUCCCCAUCACCAUCACUGUCACCACCACCACUGUCCCCAUCACCACCACCAUCACCAUCACUGUCCCCAUCACCACCACCACCACAACACCACUGUCCCCAUCACCACCACCACCACAACACCACUGUCCCCAUCACCAUCACUGUCACCACCACCACUGUCCCCAUCACCACCACCACCACAACACCACUGUCCCCAUCACCACCACCACCACCACAACACCACUGUCCCCAUCACCAUCACUUCACCACCAUCACCACUGCCACCACUACCACCGCUGUCACCACCAUCACCACCAUUAUCACCAUCAUCACCAUCACCCCCACCACCAGCAUCACCACCAGCAUCACCAUCACCACCAGCACACCACGACCAUUAGUACCAAUACAAACACCAUAG